UAUUUUUUCUGAACGACGCAAAGAGUGGCGGCGCCAUAUUGAAAGACGAACAUUAUUUCACAAAACGCUGAAAACAACUGAUUUGACAAGAUGCUCUACUUGGAAGAUUAUCUGGAAAUGAUCGAGCAGCUACCCAUGGAUCUCCGCGACAGGUUUACGGAAAUGAGAGAGAUGGACCUGCAGGUUCAGAAUGCUACAGAUCAGCUGGAGCAGAAGGUCAUUGAGUUCUUCGCCAAUGCAAAGAAGAACAAACCCGAGUGGAGAGAGGAGCAGAUGGAGGUCAUCAAAAAGGAUUAUUACAAAGCUCUGGAAGAUGCAGAUGAAAAAGUUCAGCUGGCCAAUCAGAUUUAUGAUCUGGUGGACCGUCACCUGCGUAAACUGGACCAGGAACUGGCCAAGUUUAAGAUGGAGCUGGAGGCCGACAACGCUGGCAUCACUGAGAUCCUGGAGAGAAGAUCUUUAGAGAUGGACAGUCCGUCUCAGCCCGUCAACAACCACCACGUCCAUUCACACGCCACAGUUGAGAAGAGGAAGUAUGCCGCUCCGACUCACCACACCACUGAACAUGUUCCAGAGAAGAAGUUCAAGUCUGAAGUGCUGCUGUCCACGCUAACAUCAGACGCUUCCAAGGAGAACACGGCAGGUUGCCGUACCAACAGCACAUCCUCGUCCACCAACAACGUGUACAAUGUGAACUCCUCUCAGCCUCUGGCUUCCUACAAUCUGAGCUCGCUACCUGCAGGGCCCGGGGCCGGGGCUGGGGCCAUCACCAUGGCUGCAGCUCAGGCUGUCCAGGCCACGGCUCAGAUGAAGGAGGGCCGGAGGACGUCCAGUCUCAAAGCCAGCUACGAGGCCAUCAAAAACAACGACUUCCAGCUGAGCAGGGAGUUCUCUCUGUCACGUGACAACACGGGUUACUCCUCCUCCGCUCUGGCCUCCACCCUCACCCAGACCCUCACCCCCACCACUGCCUCAGACUCCAGGGGCCGCAAGUCCAAGAGCAGCAUCAAGUCUUCCAAUCAUCAGUCAUCCUCUUCCUCUUCUUCUUCCUCCCUCUCAUCCUGCUCUUCAUCAUCUGCGCUGGCUCAGGAGCUUUCCCACCAGGCAUCCGUGCUGCCUGAAGCUGAAGCUAACAGCCAAGUGGACUGGACCUACGACCCCAAUGAGCCACGAUACUGUAUCUGCAACCAGGUUUCCUAUGGCGAGAUGGUCGGCUGUGACAACACAGACUGCCCCAUUGAAUGGUUCCACUACGGCUGUGUGGGUCUGACUGAGGCUCCCAAGGGGAAGUGGUACUGUCCACAGUGCACUGCCGCCAUGAAGAGGAGAGGCAGCCGCCACAAGUAGACCGCCAUGAUGUCAGAGGUCACUGAAGACGAUUCUGUGCCAACACACAUGGAUCAGAACAACAU